CGACGCGACGCGACACGCGAUUAUCACCAACCGGCGACCACCGUUAUCAAUCUCAAAUUCUCAAUUUCUCGAUUGUGAAUUUUAAGUAACGUGUUUCUCAAUAAUUUUAAUUUUAAAUUUAAAUCCGAUUAUCGGCGAUCACUUGACAAAUUAUUUCUAAUUUUGUGCUCAACACUUUCAAGUUCGAUCGACGAUCGUUCAUUCAACUUACUCAAGUUUGUUAUUCGAUUACAACUCGUAUAUACAUCUGAAAACGAGCCGAUACAAUGAUACGUCCAGCAGGUGAUAGUGACGAUGAUGAUAUCAGCGAUUUCGAUGACGGCGACUGCGACUACGUUCCUUCUGCUAGACAACAGGUGCAACAUGAACCGGCGAAGAUUUCUGAUUCAGAACGACUAAGAGACGCCAUUAAAGAAGAAUCGGUCGACGAAGUGAAAAAACUUUUAGAAGAAAUAAGAGAUCUGACUAAAGCUACCGACGCCGAUGGUUGGAAUCCGGUGACUUUAGCCGCGUACACCGGUAAUUCAGAAAUACUACGACUUAUUCUGGAUCGUUACCCCUUGGACCAAAUAAAGGACGCUUACACGCCGUUGAUGGCCGCUUGCAGUAUACCUUUGAGCGAAAAAGAAAACGUCGAAGAGCGAAAGAAAUGUAUCGAGUUGUUAUUAGCGGCGAAAAUUGAUAUAGAUUUUACAGAUCGUUACGGCGUUACUGCUCUGAUGUUAGCAUGUAAAGUAGGCCGUAUCGACAUAGCUGAACAUUUACUAUCCAAUCAAGCCGAUGUGAAUAUUAGCGAUAACGAUGGCUGGACUGCUCUUUUUUACGCUGUCAACGAUCGUUUCGUCGAUUUAGUGAAAUUACUUCUUAAACAUCACGCGAACGUUAAUAAAAUAGACAAACGGAAUAGAAAAGCGUACGAUAUAGCUUUUCAGAAAAAUUACGGCGAUAUUGUUGAUUUACUCGAACCAACGACCGAAGUGGAACACGGAGACGACUACAUAGCAUCGCAAUCAGCUGAAGAAAAACAGUGCGAUAUUUUAGAAUCUGCUUAUCCGAUUUUUCACGAAAACGUUAUGGAUAUGGUGAACGCUUCUCCAGAAAUGGAAAGAUACUUGAAAUUACCCGGAUUCGAGUCGAUGACCUUACGUGAAUUUUUAACGCUUAAAAAAGACGAUAAACUUCGAGAAAUGGGCAUAACUUUUUCAUCCCAUCGGAACAUGUUGCUGACUCGCGUACGUCAAUUUCACCUGAGCAAAUGGUCUCGAGCUUCUUUCGGAUUAGCUCAAAUGGAUGAAACUAAUGCGCAGUAUUGUUCUUUAUUGAACAUAGCUAAUUUCGCGGCCACCGUUUUUCGUCAAGUGUAUUCGUUACGUAGUACGCUUCUUUAUAUCAAGGAUGACGUUCAACCGUUCAGCAAACGAAAUGAUAUACAGACAUCUUUAAGCAAUGCCAGAGCUAGAUUAAUCGAAAUGAACGAACGAUUAGAAAGAAUAAAAUUGACAGCGAAGGAAUUGAGCUCGAAAACCCAGCCUUUUUUAAAUGCUCAAAAACUAGUCGAUUAAAAGAAAAACACCGCAAUUUUUCUAUUAAUGUUUUUAUCUGAUACGAAGUUAUAUUUGUUUUUAUUUUUCCUUACGAGACUGUUCAUUUUUUUGUGAUAUUGAGGUCGCUUUCAUGUAAUUUUCGUAUUAAACGUGUUUUUCAACAAUG